AUGGCGGCCUCGCCCGCCAUCGACCUGAGAGAGUCUCUCGAGGCUCUCUUCAGGAAUGCGGGCGUUCCCGACGACUUUUACCGCAGAUACAAGGAGCGGCUGCUGGACAUGGACGUGGGCGAUGCUGGCGACCUCCUCGAGGAGGUCGCUUUGAAGGGCAUGGCCUCGCUCCGCAUCCAGCAGCGCCAGGCGGAGAAGCUCCGCCGGUAUCUUCUCGGCCGACGGGGCUGGGAGGAAGCAGCUGCUGUUUUGGCAUCCUUUGGCCGCCUGUCGCUGGACGACACCCCUCCUGGGGUGGCGGCUGGCGACCAGGCGGCUGGCGGCGCGGCUAGCGCGUCCGCUCUCGACGGCAUGGACGUCGAAGGCGGCUACGCGAGCGCCGAGGAGGAUGCCGGGCCGGCCGGAGGUUGGCCCGCAGCUGCGGCAGGCUCCAAAAUGGAGCCUGGCUGCUCGCGCAGCGGCGCUGGUACGAGCGCGGCUGCUGCGGGCGGCGAGGGGGCGGCAUUGGCCUCGGGGGAGGCCUGCGCUCCGUCUUUUUCUUCUUCUGUGCGGCCACGGGAUCCGGCGGUGGGCGGGUCGACUGCUGAGGCGAUCGCGGAGGCGGCGGUCGAGGCCGUCUACGGGGCACUAGUGCUGGAGGCGCUCGAGGAGUGGGCUGGCGCGAGCGCGUGCAACCCGCUGGACGUGUCAAAGGACGCUCGAGGAAUGGGCCUCGAGUGCAAGGACUGCUUUGAGGAGUUUUACCGCGGGUUUGGCGUCGAGCCUUGGCUCUGGCGCCGGGCGAUGCGGGAGGGCUGGUCAGAGCUGGGGGACUUCUCGCGAGAGGAGAUGGAGGCGGCGGAGGAGGAGAUGCGGCGGGGCGAUUGUAUUGCUGCCUAUGGGCUUCAGAUCUCUCAGCUAGGCGAGUGGUGCUGCGACGAUUGCCUGGAGGGCUAUUUGGGGGGGGGCUUUGGCGACUACUCGGAGCUGCGCAGAGGGAGAGCGCCGUAUUCGAGUAACCCCUGGAUAGGGCGUGCCCGCGACUUGUCGUGGAUGCGCCAGGGGCCCAUCGCGGUGACGCAGCGGGAGCGGUUGCUGGCGGAAGAGCGCGCGGAGGCGGCGGCAGCGCGGGCGGCGCGGGGGGGUGGGGGGGGUGGCGGCGGGCGGCGGUCCCGCGAUGGCCGGCGGCGGGAGGCCCGCAGCGCGGCAAGGUGGGCUCGGGGGGUGGAGUGCGACGAGCGAGCGAUUGAGCGCGCUUUCGAGGGGACGGGGGAAGAGCGGCCGGCCAGGUGGGCCGGUCUCUUCGACGGCGCCUAA